UAGAAAAAUACAACAACAAGAGGAAUUUAUACCGAGAAGAGCAGACAAGGAAGAGCGAAGAAUUGAGUAAAAUAUGUUAUUUUAAACAUAUUUUAUUUACACAAAAACACACAAUGGAAGCUUAAAAAUUAACGUGAUUUUUUUGUAUACGCAAGGGUGUUUUUUUUCUUCAUUUUUCUUUUGGAUAGCAGGAUAUUUAAAUAAUCCCCGAAAAGGAUGAAGGAUUUAACAACCCAGAGUAACGAAGCCUUGAAAUACAUGAAACAGCUUAACCUGCAUCUGGAACAGGAGACGAAUUUCCUGCCCAAGCAAACUGGAUUAAACCUGAUUGAGUCCGCUCCAGAGAAUGACAACUGUGUCUCAGCAAAACGCAGAGAUGCCAAAGUUGAAGAUCUCUGGAGCUUGACGAACUUUUUUGGGUUUAGUACGGAGACCUUUGUCCUCGCUGUAAACCUGCUGGAUAGGUUUUUAGCAAUGAUGAAGGUGCAGCCCAAACACUUGUCCUGCAUUGGAGUCUGUUGCUUCAACAUUGCAGCUAAAGUGGUGGAAGAGGAGUGUAAUAUUCCGCCCACCCAUGACAUAAUCCGCAUCAGUCAAUGCAAAUGCACUGUUUCAGACCUCAAAAGAAUGGAGAAAAUCAUUUCUGAAAAACUGAAGUUUCAGUUUAAAGCUAUAACUGCCUUAACCUUUUUGCACUUGUACCACGCUGUUGCACUUUCACAUACCUCAGAAAGAAAGGAGAUUCUGAAUCUCGACAAACUCGAAGCCCAGCUAAAAGCCUGCUACUGUCGAUUCAUGUUCUCUAAGGCAAAACCAUCAGUAUUAGCCCUGUCUCUCCUCACUCUGGAGAUUGAAUCCCUGAAUUCCCGAGACUUGUGUGAAAUUGCACAGCGUGUUCAGAAACAUUCAAGGAUUGUUGAUGGAGAUUUGCUGUACUGGAGAGAGUUGGUAUCAAAGUGUUUGGCAGAAUAUUCUUCACCUGAAUGUUGCAAACCUGAUCACAAGAAAUUGGUGUGGAUUGUUUCCAGGCGAACAGCUCAGAGUCUGCACAGCAGUUACUGCUGUAUUCCUGAGCUGCCGACAAUUCCUGAGGGAGGUUGGGACGAGAGUGAAAGCGAGGACUCGUGUGAAGACAUGAGCUGUGGAGAGGAGAGUCUGAGCAGCUCCCCAAUGAGUCACCUGGAGGGAGCUUUCUUCCCAGAAGAUCUGCGUCACAAAUCCAAGUGGCUUUCAGUACAGUAGCAACCGUGAAUCUUGUUUAAGACUGAGGAGGUCUUAAUACAACAUGUCAUUGCUGUUGAUUCCACACCAUCAAGCAGUCUUCAUUGGAGUUCUGCUCGCAUAAUAUCGGGCUAAACCAAGUGCCUGUGGGACAUGUACGUUUUCUUAUGUGGUUGUUAACAGUUUUGACAUGUCUCAGUAAGAAGUAAUUUACAGGUUGCAUUUAUUUGGCAGCUGGCUAUUAUGUUAGGAUUUUAAGUAUAUCGGUUUGUGAAAGUGAUACCAGUUAGUCAAUUUUGAUUGUAGAUUAAUUAGUUCUGUUUGUACUUUUCACAUUCCAGAAGAUAAAGCACAAAGCAGCAGUAUCAAUACUUGCUACGAUGCCAAGCACAUCGUUCUUGUAUUCCUCAUUUGAAAAACAAAGACAGUUGAAUAUGAGGGGAAAUGCCAAAACAGUUAUUUUGCACAUUAUUUUUUAUCUUUCAAGAUGAGAGUAGCUUGCAGGGACAAAAAAACAAACUGUGCCUGUACAUGUUAUGCAUCAUAUAGGGGUUAUUCUAGCCUCUUAAGAUGAAGAGUUGGAAAUAAACUCACUGGUAAAAUGUCAGUGCCUAUGUAAAGACAAAAACACAAGACCAGCCAGCUUAGCUUCCAUGAAUUUCACUGUUUGAGGUGCAGAAUGUCUAUGAAGCAUCUAUGGUGCUACAAUGUGUAUUGUGCUUUACUGCGGACUGUUUUCUGAAUUGCUCUGAAAUUUGUUUUGUUACACUUUGAGAUUAUAUUGCAUGAUUUUUUUUGUUGUUAAUUACUUUAAGUGCCAACUUAAAGUAUGCAUAAAAGAGUUUACAUGCGAGAGUAAAGAGUAUGUUGUAUGUGAUAAGAUCUGAUUAGUUUAAAAUGUGAGUGGUGUCAGGUUUGGCUUGUAUGGACAUUUGUUGUAAGUUGACUGAUUCUGUGUGUGUAAAGCUAACUUUACAAAAAAAAGAAAAAAAUACAAAAUGUAUAAAAAUUGUAAAAUGCCAAAAACUGUAUGUAUAAAAAAAACAACUUAAGUGUUAAAAAAAAAUGUACAGAAAAAUGCACAAAUUUAUAUAUGAAGUUAUUUAAAAUGUAAAAUGUUCAUUAGAAAUGUAGCAUUGUGUAUAAUUGCCUGUAGAUAUUAACUUAUUGUUCAUAGUUAUACAUAUUGUAAAUUUAGUUGUCAUGAUUUUGAAAAUUUUGCAAGAAUCUCAGGCAAAUAAAAAAUACUUUUUUUUU